AUGGGGUUGGCUCCCUCGAGGCGGCUGCUAUACGCAGAUGGCGAUGCCCCGCUAUGGCUUGUCAGCGCCUCUGUUGAGGUGCAUUUACGGCAGCAACAGCAACAGCAACAACAACAACAACAACGGUGUGCUGACGGCGGGGCACCCGUAGGCUGGAAGGGAGGUAACAUGGGCUCACCCAAGCGGUGCCCUCCAUCUCUCACGUCCUACCAGCUGCGCCUGGUGCCGCUCAUAAAACGGUACUUCCCCUCCCCCGAUAGUGUAUUGUUCCAGCAGUUGAUGGCUGCACGGGAACGUCAGCAUCCGCGGUACCACUUCCACUGCACCCAGUUCAUGGAGCCCACAGCGUAUAUUGAUCCUACGGCGUGCUACUUCGACUUGGAACUGCUGGGUGACGAGAAACGGGAGAUUGUGGGGACAGAGUCCUACAUGGAGGCCUCCCCAGCGAUCGCGGCCCCGUUUGCCUCGGCGGAAGCACUAUACAAACUGCUGGUGGAUACAACAGAGCAGAAUAUAUUUGACGACGAGGAGGCGCUCAGCGCAGCUGUGCGGGCGGGCGUGAAGGACGGUGACGGUGACAUUGAGAGCAGUGGCGGCAGCGCCAAGUCUCGCCGUGUUCGCCCCGUGCCAUGCGCUGUCGUGCUGCUGCGCCAGAACAGCUCUGCAGUGAACAUGCGGGAGCACAGUAUCACUUCGCUCGGCCUGGCGGAGGCCGUGGCGGCGGCGUCAGUGCUGCAGGAGGAGGACAAGUCGUGGCUUGUGUGGGAGGUGAAUGGAUCCCAGAUAGCUGCCUGUGUGGGUGGCUUCUACGGAUGCUGGACGUUGAAUGAGCUGGUCGGCAUUCGGGGCGACGGAGCAACACCAGCUGUGCCAUCGUCGCCACCAUGCUCGCCCGCUGGCCCCUUCGCUCUCAGCAGUGAGAGCCUUGUGGUUACGGGCUGCGUCGAGCGUGACGUUGGUGAGCGUGAACAGCCGCAUGCAUGGAUGGCUGCCUGCCGUGCAUUCGCGAAUACCAUGACGGAGUCCUGCGCCCCCCUCCAAACCAACGAGCAGCAACAGCAGCAGGAGCAGAAGCAGGUGCUUCAUGCGGGAGGCGAAGGGCAGUGUCUUCAACUCCAUCCUCUGUCUCUGCUGCGGUGCCUUGACCUCGCUUUCAUCCAAGCGGUAUCAAAUAUACCACAGCUGCAGCUGUGCCGACAAGUGCAUCUCUUCAUGGAUACACUAGAGACAUUAACGCCUGAUCCUCCUACGUUAAGCAAAUUACAGUUUUUGCAGCGACAGCGAAACAGCAAGCCAGCUUCUGUGGAGUUCGGUGAGUCACAGCCCUUAAGGCCGAUAGACUACGGCCCUGCGUUAGAAGCCGCAUACGCAACCGGCGCAGGGUAUACCAUUUAUGGAACAUCAAUGGAGUCAACAGGGGGAGAUUCUAAUCAACCACACGUGAGCGGGGCUUCCUGUGAAUAUAGCUCAGAGCCCAACGCAUUAACCCCACCGCCUCUGGUAGCGCUUCAGCAGAGGGGCAUCUGCAGCUACUUUGCAGAUGGCGCUGUGGUGCUACGCCUCACCAACUCAAAGGUCGUGGAGGCGCUGCAGAAGUUGUGGUGUGUUCCCAUUGAAGACACCACAGAAAGCCUGAUGAUGGCGCUCACCUCACGGGUGCCGCCACCGUUGGUCUACCGCGGCGAAUUGCGUCUAGCCAGCCAUGAUAAAAGUCGGACUCGAACAAUGGCUGAUAUUGUGCCAAGAAGCCUACCGUCAACCUCUGAGACCUUGCUGUUGUCAUGGACGCAGCUGCAGGCGCAGGACGUAUUUACUGUAGGCCGCGACUUUGAUGGGGCUCCGUUUUCAUCUCUCAUCGCUCCCGAACCGCCCGCAUCGCUUGGAGAAGAGGGAAUGCAGCCGAGCGUGCGGCGCUUAUCUACAGGCCGCCCGCCCAAGAACUGGAUGUUUUCCACUCCAUUGAAGGUACCAAACAUCCACGUGGCUUUCGGUGACUUGAUUCGAUGUGACCCAGUGAACCGUUGCUGGCAAGUGGAUCGCUCGUUGCGGGCGGAGGAUGUGGCGCUGUCGUGGAUGCGGCGAAUUGCCGGCAAGGCGCGUGAAGCGAAGGAUAUGGAUAUCCGAUGGCUGCGUUUUCCGCAGCCGAACUGCACAUUGGCUAAGAACGUAAAUGAAGGUGAAAACAUGGUGCAGAGCGAGGCGAAAGCUCCCAUUGUGUGUACCACGCGUUUUCGACCGUGGCAUAUUGAACACGAUGGCUACUCUUACUUUCACAGCAUUGCAAUGCGAGGCAGCGGUGGUGGCGGUGCGCCAGCGGAGCCUGUCAAGGAGACGGAGGCAACGUCAGCCAGUAGCGCCGCUGCAUCACGGUCCACUGUAAGAAAAAUGAGUAUCGCUUCCAUUUCAACGCCGCAACAUGCGGAUGGACCGGUUAACAACGGCAAAACCAGAAGGCCGAACAGCAGCGGCACCAUGGAAGAUCGUCCAGAGGCGCUAUCGCCACAGCAGCUGAACUAUAUGAACGGAGCCGGUGGCCGCCAGCCAGCCAACAACAUAAGACAGGUUCCCCCCGAUUUGCCCAUGUUUGGGAAACGGAUGCAGGGUGCACCAAACAGGUUAUCGCCACACAACAUGAAUAACAUGGGUCCCAUGAUCAAUACAGCUACCGAGUUUAGGGAUGAUCAGUCGCUGGUGAUCUCACAGCUCGUAGAAGGUUGGGGUACAGGCGAGAUCGAGCGUGCCCCCAGCUCGUACAGCAACAGCACCGUCAGCCAUAAUAUGUACUAUGGGACCAACGCCGGUUAUGCGAGCCGCAAUGGCUUCUGGGAUUUCCCGUACCAGCAGCAACAGCAGCAACAGCAGCAUCAGCAAUACUUCGAUACCGCCCCAAUGGAAUGGGAGAACCCACUAGGAAACUUUGGGUGGGGCAUGCGCAACAACUCAGGCAACAUCACCACCCCACUGCUGGGACCAUCCUGGCGGCAGCCCUCGUGGAACCAGCAGUCACCGCAGCAGCCCUCACAGUCGCCGUCGUCGGUGCACUACGCUGCUGCUAUGCCCCUCUCCACGAGUCCCUUCCCGAUGUCGACUGGAUCCCCGAACAGCUACCCAUCGCCGCUGCUGGUGCAGGUGGGGCCCGUGCCAUAUUCUGCCGCCACUGUCCCCGUGCUGAAUCACACGUGCGCCCCCAACGAGGACACCGGCGUCCUUGUCAGCAACAUUGACAGCCCCGCCCUCUCGCGCAACAGUAACCACACCCCGAGUGCGGAGCGUUCGAGGCGUGGGGUGACGCCGCCGCCGCUGGUGCGCUUGCCGCUCUCCGACGGUGCGAAGUCAACGUGGUACAAUGCACGCACCGCACGCCCGUCCGAUACCCGUGACAGUAACGCCAACGUAGACAGUGAGCGACACACAUCCCCACAAGCACGCGACGGGAACGAACGCAGCGGAUACUCGGCGAAUGACGUGCAGCUGAACAGCCCAAGGGAGGUGUGCAUGACUCCCUCCUCCACCACCAAGUCGGUGCUGCGCGUGUACAAGGAGUCAAACCAGAAGUACCGCUGGAAUCCGUACGGUGCGCUACAGCAUUCACAAAACUAA